CACUUAUCGACUCGCGUUUGUUCUCUGUAAAGCAGAUGUUUUGAGAUAAAAACUUGUCACUAUUGAGUAAAACCUCAGCACGUGGAGCCGAAAUGGCUGAGGUAAUGUAUGGCCUGGUCUCUGAGGCCAGAAAGAAUCGAUAUUCAGCAAUACCGAAGCUGACAGAAGAAGAUAUUGUUAAUGUGUGGGACAAUGUGUCAAGAUUCAUCGAGAAACAAAUGGCUCUUCAAAAGGGUGUAUGUGUGCCAGGCCUCGGUAUCUUCACCUACUCGCAAAAAAAGCUGGACGUUGGAAAUAAUAAAUACAUUCAGAUCCAGAGACCAGUUUUCAUGUUGUCCGAGAAGUUUGCGAUGACUCACGCUCUUAAUUACACCAAACAUCACACCACCGGUCAAAUUCCAGUGGUACAGCUUAAUUUUGCUGCUCUUUCAAAUGAGACACCAUUUAACAGAGACACUGUGGAAAGCUGUGUAAAGGAAGUCCUUCAGGCUCUGAGUAGAUCUGUACAGGCAAAAAGGAAUGUAGAGUUCCAUUUUUCAGGGAUUGGGCGGCUUUCAAUAAGAGAUUCCAAAGUGAAAAUGAAGUUCUACAAAGAAUUCCUAAGGAGCAUGGAUGGUUCUGGUAGUCUAGUUCAUGCGCUGUCCAAUAGACCAGGAACAGCAGAUUCUGUUUUGUCAGAGCCUGUUAGUCCACGGCCACAUACCAGCAACACUCUAGUUCUACCAAGGAUUACCCCAGGGGAUAGUGGGAGCCCAGGAAAAAGCACUGGCAAAGAAGGAAUGCCCACCAUAACGGAACAGGAUGAAGAGGAUAAUGGGCAGGGUGAAGGUGUCAGGGAAGAGGUCACCACCCCUGAUAAAGAAAGGCCCCAGGAACAGGUAGAGGAAGGGUCCAUACUAGUUGUGGAUCCACAAUUAGGAGAGCAAGAACAACCCACAGAAGAGGAAGCUGUUCCAAAAAGUGCAUCAAGGCUCUCCCCUCCCACUGGGCCACGUACUCCUCUUCAAACUGCCAAAGCCUCUGGGGUGAUUUACAGUGUCCCUGAAGCGAACUUGACACCACCCACUCCCCCGCCCAGGAGCCCAUCUAAGACGACUCCACCCAGAGGCAUCAGAGGAGCUACUGUUCACAAGAAUAGAAGAAGUCUUGCACAGGAGGUAACCAAACGUGAGCAAUCCCCUGCUGAGUAUGGAAGAGAGUUUCUGCAGUCUCCUGUCUCUCCAUCUAGAUUGAGGUGUAUUCACAAUGAAAGAGCAGGACAGGAAUUGUGCUACCUCUGCCAUCAACGUUCUCAGAAAAAUAUACCUGUUUACUUUGCGGAGGAGCGGCGUCAACGAGAACUUGAAGAAGAUCGCCUCCUACAACAAUAUCAACGGCAGAAGGACUCAGAGGCCAUUCUUAAAGAGCAGGGAAAGAACCUAGAAAACCGCCAUUAUAACCAGAAGGUGGCUGCCUUUAAUCUUGGAGUAUCUGAGGCAAUCAAGGAGAAACUCAGCACAAGACCAACAGAAUUUUCUAGGUCCUACUUGUUCCAGAACAGACCCCUUACCCCUCCCCGGUACAUAAAACAGGAUGAGUACGGUAGAGAACUGGGUGGUCAGGUGCUCACAAAACAGGAAAAGCUAAGUAAACUGAAGAAGGAGCAGGAAUUUCUUGAAAGACUGGAGCAAGUACAGCUGGCAGAGGAUUUGGCUUUACAACGAGAGCAGUACUUGAGGGACAAGAAAAUGGGCAGUGACGCCUACCGCAAGGCGCUAGAUGCACAGGUGCGCUAUAAACCCCUUCCCAUCCCUGCUCUGGAACCAGACUCAAAGGCGCCUAUAUUCGGAGUGCUCGAUGCUACUGAUGAGAAAUUGUUGGAGAGAAAGACACGAGCACAUCAACUUUAUCAAGAGCAGCUCGAGAUGGUGGCGCAGAGGAAGAGGGAUGCUAUUCUAAAGGAUCUGCGGAAUCAGAAAGAGGAAUCAGACAUGCUUGAAAGAACUCGCAGGGAUAUGAUUUUGGACCGCGCCUUUCGCCAUCAAGAGCGUGUAGACGUUCGCCGUUCACUGGAAGAUUCCUGGGCAGCAAGUGUGUGUCGGAAAAAAGAUCAAGAACAUGAAGAACGCCGCCGUGCACAGAGUCCUGGCAUGCUAAUACACGAACAGUGCGAUAAAUAUCACCGGUGCAAACAGUGUGGCAGGCGACCCCAGAACUGCGGUGAAUCGAACGUGUGGAGCGAAUCACGAUACAUACCUGGAUCAAGGCUCAUAGUUUAGAGCGUCUCUAUAGGAUGAAUUUCUUGAACAAUUUUCACUGAUUAAACUACAGACUGGAAAACACGAAAACAAAUACGAACACUUCGCCUUAACCUUGCUGGAAAUGUGUGGAAUUAUUUAUUUAUUAUUGUAAUAUUAUUUGUACAAUUGUGAAGAUACGAUUGUGACGAAAAGAUCGGACUCAAAUCUUUUGAAUUGAAGGCGAAGAAAAGACAGGACGAUUACUUGCGCUUACAGAUCAAAAUUCCUUCUAUCUUGAUCGUUUUUAAUUUCUUUUUGUCUAAAAUGUUUUUUUUUAGAGGGAGCACGUGUGAUGUACAUUUUAAUAUCUCUACCGUUUAUACAAUGAAAACUUUACAAGGAGGUAACUUGUCGAUGUCAGAGUGAAUGUUAGCACAACAGUUUCCAAGGCACUAGCACGCUCCACUUCCAGAUAGCACCAACGACGUAGUAUUAUCUCGAAUAACUCGUGGAUCAAGGAAAGUCACCCAAGCACUAUUCUAGUUUAAUUCUUCAGUAACGUACUUCACACCGUGUGAUGGCAAGCAUGUUCAGCUUAUUAGCUCUGCUUGGAUACAAUUUUGAAUACCGUCAA